AUGGCAAUUUCCUCCACCAUUUUCGCGGCCCUGUGCCUCUUCCUCCUCGUCGUCUCUGGCGCGCCUGCUCCGUCCCCAUCUCCAGCUACCACCGGCGCUGAAGCCGCAGCAGCAGGCGGUUACUGGCUCGAGUCCAUCGCCCGUCAAGGAACUGUAGCUUAUGGUAUCGCCGGUUAUCAAGUCUUCCGAAAUGUCAAGGACUUCGGCGCUAAGGGAGACGGCACCACCGAUGAUACCGCCGCCAUAAAUUCUGCCAUCACAGCAGGUUCUCGAUGUGGUCAAGGAUGCGACUCUACUACUGUAACACCUGCGAUAGUUUAUUUUCCAGCGGGAACCUAUUCCAUUUCAGCACCCCUAAUCCAAUACUACUACACUCAAUUUGUCGGAGACGCCACGAACCUUCCGGUCAUCAAGGCCACCCCUAGCUUCCGGGGUAUGGCAUUGAUGGAUGCUGACCCGUAUGCGGACGGAGGCGUGAACUGGUACACUAACCAAAACAACUUCUUCCGACAAAUCCGCAAUUUCGUCCUUGAUACAACUGCAAUGCCGGUCAGCGCUGGUGCUGGUAUUCAUUGGCAAGUUGCUCAAGCUACGAGUCUCCAAAAUAUCGUUUUCAACAUGCGAACGGAUGGCGGAUCCUCAAAUGCGCAAUUGGGAAUCUUUAUGGACAAUGGUUCGGGCGGAUUCAUGACUGAUCUAAUAUUCAAUGGCGGAAAGUAUGGUGCAUUCUUCGGUUCCCAGCAAUUUACUACACGUAAUUUGACUUUCAAUUCGUGUCAAACUGCUGUUUUCAUGAACUGGAACUGGGCAUGGACUUUGUCCGGACUCUCGAUCAACAAUUGCGGGAUAGGAAUUGACAUGGCAAAUGGAGGUGCAUCGAGCCAGACAGUGGGAUCCGUUCUCCUCGUAGACAGCACUAUAUCCAAUACUCCAAUCGGUAUUUCCACAGUUUAUUCCACGAACCAGGCUUCGACAAAUGGAUCUCUCAUAAUCGACAACGUCAACUUCUCACCAAACGUUCCUGUCGCCAUCUCCAACCCUGCAACCAAGGCUACAAUUCUGGCAGGCAAUACUAAGGUUACUUCAUGGACUCAAGGCCGGAACUACAAGGCCGCGAAUUCCGGCAGCGCUGUUCAAGGUCCACAAACCCCUGUCACAAAGCCUGCUUCUCUCUUGAACUCUGCCGGUAACAUCUUCACGAGGUCCAAGCCACAAUAUGAAAAGGAGCCUGUUUCUGCUUUCAAGAGUGUCAAGGCUGCAGGAGCAAAGGGUGAUGGCGUGACUGAUGAUACGGCUGCGAUCCAAACUCUCUUCAAUUCCGUUAGUCCAUCAGAUAUUGUCUAUUUCGACCAUGGAGCCUAUGUUGUCACUAGCACAGUCAAGGUCCCAAAGAACAUCCGAAUCACCGGGGAAAUCUGGCCACUUAUCAUGGUAGGAGGCUCCAGCACAUUCAAGGACCAAAAUAACCCAAAGCCUGUCUUCCAAGUCGGUGAAGUUGGGGAUGUAGGAUCCGUGGAGAUGUCGGACUUGAUGUUUGAGACCAUUGGCCCGCAACCAGGUGCCAUCAUGAUGGAGUGGAAUGUCAAGGAGGCCGCGCAAGGCUCUGCUGGAUUAUGGGAUGUCCACUUCCGCAUUGGUGGAUCUGCCGGAACCAAGUUGCAGUCCGAUACCUGCUCCAAGAACCCAACAGUUACUGCUCCGGCAAACCCAGCUUGCAUCGGUGCCUUUAUGCUUCUGCACAUCACGUCAAAGGCCACCGCAUAUCUCGAGAAUACCUGGUUCUGGGUUUCUGAUCAUGAGCUUGAUCUCGCAGACCACAACCAAAUAAAUAUUUACAACGGACGUGGUGUACUUAUCUCAUCUGAGGAGGGUCCAGUCUGGCUGUACGGCACGAGUUCUGAGCAUAACGUUCUUUACAAUUACCAGCUUACCAAUGCCUCCAAUGUCUACAUGGCUCUCAUCCAAACCGAGACACCAUACUUCCAAAGCAACCCAGAUGCCACCACACCCUUCAGAUCUCAAGCAAAUUACGCUGAUCCUUCAUUCAGCGGCAGCUCGACUGUCAACAAGGCUUGGGGUCUCCGAGUUGUUGACUCUGACGAAAUUUUCGUUUAUGGUGCUGGUCUCUACAGUUUCUUCGACAAUUACAGCCAAGUUUGCCUUGAUACUGCAAGCUGCCAGGAUAAUAUGGUCUCAGUCGAGAACUCUGCUGGCAUCCACAUGUAUGGCUUGUCUACGAAAGCUGCCGUAAACAUGGUUACUCUUGAUGGCAAGAGUGCUGCGCUGGACAAAGAUAACCGCAACAACUUCUGUGCUGCAAUCUCAUACUUCGAGGUAGCUAGUGCCACUACUCCUAAGUGCUAG